AUGAGGUCGUUUAUAAACGCGAGACGUAGGAUAGUCCAGCCAAUGAUCGACCAGUCAAAUAGAGCAGUGUUCUAUCCUGCAGUGUUCCCGCACGCGGGUCCCAGUGGUGCAUACAGCCCGGAAGCGACCAUGGGGUACAUGAUGGACGGCCAGCAGAUGAUGCACAGGCCGCCCACGGACCCCGCCUUCCACCAUGGCUACGCGCAGUAUCCCGCCGAGUAUUACGGCCAUCAUCUUUAA